UUGAACCCUGGAGGUGGAGGUUGCAGUGGGCUGAGAUCACACCACUGCAUUCCAGCCUGGGCGACAGAAUGAGACUCUGUCUCAAAUAAAUAAAUAAAGUAAAGCAAGACUUCUGAUCCUUCCCUGGCUGGGCAAGUUGCUGUUAGGCCAUGGUGGCCCACUUCCUGCUGAGGCCCUUGGUGAGUUUCACAUACCCAGCAAGGCUGUGAUAGUGAGGGGCAGGGUAGAGCUGGGCACUGUCUUGGGGGAUGGCACCACUCUGUACUGGGACCCAGUGUCCACCUGGCACUGGGCCUCAUGAUUUCCUGUUUCUUGUCCCCUCCAGAUGGGGUUGGGGACAGGAGGAGGCCCUGCCUGGCACAAGUGGGGGCCAGUUCAGCCCGCACCUGCUGAGGGCUUACUAAACGCAAAGCCCUGAGAAGGAGCUGAGGGAGGGAUAAGGCUGAGCAGGAUGGGGCCCCAGGCCUGCAGACAGCUGCUACCAGAGGCCCCCCAGCCGCAGCUGCUGGCCAGAGCCUUCCUUGUUUCCCUCUUCUCCCACUGCCUCAGGACACUGUGUUCUGCUCUGACCUGCCCCAUGACCUUGCUGUUGCCCAGAACAGGCCUCUUGCCCUAGCUUCUCCUCUCCAGCUCCGGAAAUCCUAUCUCUCCUUCAAGGAACAUCUUGAAUGCCGCCUCUUCCCAGAAAUCUUCACAGAUGUUCCCCCUUCUUUGCCACACUCUCCCUCCCUACUUAGAAUGCCUGUGAAUCCUUAUUUAUUUUUUAACAACACUCAUCUCUCUACCAUGAAGUUGCUUCUCCCCUGUUCCUGCCGUGAGCUGUAAUCAUUUGGGACCUCUUUUCCUAACCAUGAAGUCUUCGAUGGCAGGGAGAGAAUCUCAGGUCCCUUAGCAUCUUGCAGCUGUGAGCACAGAGCCUAGCUCCAUCAUUUGAGAGGAAAGAUCCCAAGGGCAUGGAAGCACUCUGUCCUCUUCCCCGUAGGUCGCAUCCACUGUCAAGAUUUGCAUACCUGCCCCCAGACCCCAGCAUUCCAUCUGCAACCCUGACUGCACUUCAGGGCCCCACACCCACCUGCCCAGCUGCCCAGUGGACUUCUCUGCUUUGCAGUCUCAGGCAUUUCACUGAUACAUAAGCCGUACACAAGCCUCUUUGCUACCUCCUACCUCACCCCCUGCCACAUUGAUUUUACCUUUAAAAUAUCUAGUGAAGCCACCUUCCACCUUCCUCUGUCCAUCAGCACUUUCAGUUUCCUAGGCUAAGCCACCCUUGUCUGCUGCCUGGACUGCUGCAGUAGCUUUUACCUGGUCUCUCUUGCCCUCCUAUGAUCCAUUCUUCACACAACUGCUGGAAAGAUCUUUUUACACUGUAAAUCUGAUCUUAUCUCUCCUUUGCUUGGAAUCUCUCUAUGGCUUUUCCUUGCAUUUAGGAUAAAAUCCAAAAGCCUUAUUGAAGCCUAUAAGCCCGCCCGGUCUGGCCUGAGCCCACCUCUCCAGCCUGGUCUUGUUUACCUUUUCCUUUUGAAUUUUAUGCUCCAUCAUCCUAGCCUUCUGCCAAUUCCUUGAAUGAACUCACCAACUUCUGUAACCCCAGGGCCUUUGCACAGGCUUGCUCUUUUACUGGGACUACACUCGUUUACUGGGACUUGUUCUUUUACUGGGACUACACUCCUUUCUACUCUUUGCCUGACUAUCUUAUAAACUUUGCCUUACGGUAGGUCUGUUUUAUUUUUGUUCUUCUCUAAUUUAGUUCAACCUAAAUUAGGUGCCUUUGUUAAUUAUUCAGAGCAUAAUACCAUUAUCUCAAUUUGCAAUUGUGUGUGUAUAUAGUGAUUAUUUGCUUAAUGGCUGUUGCUCCUUAAGGUCUACCAGGGCAGGUUCCCCAGGGUGUCCACGUAGAAGGUUCUCAGAAAAAUACCUUGAAUUGGCCUGGCUUGGUAAGAACAUGGGCUUUGGCAGCAGAAAGUUAAAACCCCUGCCCUACUCUUUAUUAUUAGUAAUGUGAUCUUGGACAACCCACGUAGUCUUGCUGAGACCUGUUUAUUUGUAAAACUUAUCUCUUGAAGUUGCUGUGAGUAUAAAAUGACAACGUAUAUAAGGAACCAGGCCUCCAGAAGAAUAUCCUUGGGUAGCAUGUACAUCUCCAUUCUUCUUUCUAGAGAGUGCGGUUAAUAGGAUACCCCCUCCUCCAGGGGUAUCUCCUCUCUAGGGUCCUACCCAAGCUAGGCCUUUCUUCCAAUGAAACGUGCAUCCCGAGGGCUUCCAGGAUGAAAUAGUCAACGGGAAGGCACCAGCUCCUCCUUUUAUCUCUCCAGGGCGGGACAGUGCACCAGGGGCCGAUCCUGGUUCCCCAGCUGGGAGACACCCUGGGCGGGGCUUUGCUCACCGGAAGCACGCAGAGCGUGGGGAGGAGAGCCCCCUCUGCUUGUGCUUGUGCUAACAGCACCCGCGCUGCCGCGUCGGGUUCCGGCGGCUGGAGAGUCACACAUGAUGUCACAGACAAUGACACAAACCGGUGUCUCAUUCCGACACAACCUCCGAGCUGCACAAUGUCACACCCGGGCGCCAACACUUAGCCCAGCGCACUCCAGCCCUACGCCUCCUGCGGCCGCUCUCCUCUCCGAGUCUCCCGGGGAGGUGGCCCGGUCCAGCCGGGCAGGGGGCUCGCAGGCGGGUGAUGUCACGGGCAGUGGUGGGUGGGUCACUCGGAGGUGAGGCGCCGCCAGGCGAGUUCAGCGAGAGUUCAGCCGCAUUGCAUUAGGCAAAUGAGGCACAGCCUGGGUGGGGUGUGUGUUAAGGGGAGGACACCAGGACCACCCCCCUCUUCACCGCCCCACCGCUACCUCCACCAUGGCUUCACUCGGCUGAGGAUUGACCAAACACUGGGGGAGCCUGGGAGCCUGGGAGCCGGAACUGGGACUAGGGAAGACGCCCGCCCCUCUUCCGUCCUAGUCCCCCUGCAACCCCCUCCUCUCCCUGUACUCGGCCUCCCUCUACUAUGUACUCCUCCCCUCUUGCCUUUCCCCCUUCCUUCUCCUUUCCUCCCCCUUCCCAGGCUGCCCCCACUCGCCUGUCCACGGGCCGCCUCUCCCUCUCGGUUCCCUGCGUUUCUCCCGCUGCAGCUAGACCCGCCGGGAAUGGGUUAAGCCAGGGGCGGCGCCUGGACGGGGCGGGGCAGAGAAAAGGGGGUGGUACCUGGAGGGGAGGGGGCGCGCGAGCUGAGGUUGGGGGGCCGCGGCGCGCACCACCGGAGACCUAGCGAGCCACCGGCUGUCCCUCGCCUGGCAGAGGCGGAACCACGCGGGGUCCCCACCCCCACCCGGAAUCCUCGCCACGGAGAAUCCCCGGAGAAGCCCGGGAGCCCCAGCGGGGAGGAGGAAGUGCUCAUUGACCCCCCUCCCCGCGCUGAUCCCGCCCCUGGCCUGCGGACUUGGGGAGCCGCGGGACUCUGCCUCGGACGCCACGAGACUCUGGACGGGAGCCCCCUCGAGGUGAAGCUGCUGAGUUCGCGUUCCCUACCGGGUUUCCCAAGGAGAGCCAAGGGAUCCCCAGCUCCCAGCACACACAACUUCACCGCUUCUCACUGGGACUGGCGAAGCUGCCGGCGGACUUAGACGCGGAGACUUCAGGGCAGGGGGCGGCCCCCUGCCCGGGUCACCAGUCAGGGCGAGGGGACGUCUCCUCGCCCCCAGCUGCUUUACUCGGAUGGCGCCGCCGGCUGACUGACGGGGGCGGCGCGCAGGACUUCCGAACUCGGACCUCCUGCCUUCGAGGGGGAAGAUGUACGAGAGUGUGGAAGUGGGGGGUCCCACCCCUAACCCCUUCCUAGUGGUGGAUUUUUAUAACCAGAACCGGGCCUGUUUGCUCCCGGAGAAGGGGCUUCCCGCCUCGGGUCCUUACUCCACCCCGCUCCGGACUCCGCUUUGGAAUGGCUCAAACCACUCCAUUGAGACCCAGAGCAGCAGUUCUGAAGAGAUAGUGCCCAGCCCUCCCUCACCGCCCCCUCUACCCCGCAUCUACAAGCCUUGCUUUGUCUGUCAGGACAAGUCCUCAGGCUACCACUAUGGGGUCAGCGCCUGUGAGGGCUGCAAGGGCUUCUUCCGCCGCAGCAUCCAGAAGAACAUGGUGUAUACGUGUCACCGGGACAAGAACUGCAUCAUCAACAAGGUGACCCGGAACCGCUGCCAGUACUGCCGGCUGCAGAAGUGCUUCGAAGUGGGCAUGUCCAAGGAGUCUGUGAGAAACGACCGAAACAAGAAGAAGAAGGAGGUGCCCAAGCCCGAGUGCUCUGAGAGCUACACGCUGACGCCGGAGGUGGGGGAGCUCAUUGAGAAGGUGCGCAAAGCGCACCAGGAAACAUUCCCUGCCCUCUGCCAGCUGGGCAAAUACACUACGAACAACAGCUCAGAACAACGUGUCUCUCUGGACAUUGACCUCUGGGACAAGUUCAGUGAACUCUCCACCAAGUGCAUCAUUAAGACUGUGGAGUUCGCCAAGCAGCUGCCAGGCUUCACCACCCUUACUAUCGCCGACCAGAUCACCCUCCUCAAGGCCGCCUGCCUGGACAUCCUGAUCCUGCGGAUCUGCACGCGGUACACACCCGAGCAGGACACCAUGACCUUCUCGGACGGGCUGACCCUGAAUCGGACCCAGAUGCACAACGCUGGCUUCGGGCCCCUCACCGACCUGGUCUUUGCCUUCGCCAACCAGCUGCUGCCCCUGGAGAUGGAUGAUGCAGAGACAGGGCUGCUCAGCGCCAUCUGCCUCAUCUGUGGAGACCGCCAGGACCUGGAGCAGCCAGACCGGGUGGACAUGCUGCAGGAGCCGCUGCUGGAGGCGUUGAAGGUCUACGUGCGGAAGCGGAGGCCCAGCCGCCCCCACAUGUUCCCCAAGAUGCUGAUGAAGAUCACCGACCUGCGAAGCAUCAGCGCCAAGGGGGCUGAGCGAGUGAUCACACUGAAGAUGGAGAUCCCGGGUUCCAUGCCGCCUCUCAUCCAGGAAAUGCUAGAGAACUCAGAGGGCCUGGACACUCUGAGUGGACAGCCGGGGGGUGGGGGACGGGACGGGGGUGGCCUGGCUCCCCCGCCAGGCAGCUGUAGCCCCAGCCUCAGCCCCAGCUCCAACAGAAGCAGCCCGGCCACCCACUCCCCGUGACUGCCCACGCCACAUGGACACAGCCCUCGCCCUCCGCCCUGGCUUUUCUACCGACCAUGUGACCCCUGCCAGCCCUGCCCCCACCUGUCCUCCUGGGCAGUACUGGGGACCUUCCCUAGGGGACGGGGAGGGAGGAGGCAGCGACUCCUUGGACAGAGGCCUGGGCCCUCAAUGGACUGCCUGCUCCCACAGCCUGGGCUGACGUCAGAGGCCGAGGCUAGGGCCGGGAACUGAGUGAGGCCCCUGGUCCUGGGCCUCAGGAUAGUUCCUGGGGGGCCUCGUGUUCAUCAAGACACCCCUCUGCCCAGCUCACCACAUCUUCAUCACCAGCAAAUGCCAGGACUUGGCUCCCCCAUCCUCAGAACUCACAAGCCAUCGCUCCCCAGCUGGGGAACCUCAACCUCCCCCCUGCCUUGGUUGGUGACAGAGGGGGUGGGCCAGGGGCCGGGGGUUCCCCCUGUACAUACCCUGCCGUACCAACCCCAGGUAUUAAUUCUCGCUGGUUUUGUUUUUAAUUUUUUUUUGGUUUUGAUUUUUUUUAAUAAGAAUUUUCAUUUUAAGCACAUUUAUACUGAAGGAAUUUGUGCUGUGUAUUGGGGGGAGCUGGUUCCAGAGCUGGAGGGGGGUGGGUCCUGGGGGAGGGCGUGGCUCAGAAGGGGCCCCCACUCUCCUUUCAUGUCCCUGUGCCCCCCAGUUCUCCUCAGCCUUUUCCUCCUCAGUUUUCUCUUUAAAACUGUGAAGUACUAAUUUUCCAAGGCCUGCCUUCCCCUCCCUUGCGCUGGAGAAGCCACCAGCCCCCUUUCUCCGUCUGCCUGACCACUGGGUGUGGACGGUGGGGGACAGCUCCGGAAGGACAGGCUCCUGGCCUUGGCAUCUGCCUGUACAUGAGGCGUGGAGUCGGGGCAGAGCAGGGGACCCAGCAGAGUUUUCCCAGACCUGGCUCUACCGAGAGCUGCCUUCCAUCAGGGCCCACAUCAUCCAAGCUCUCCAGCCCCCACUGUGAAGGGGCUGGCCAGGGGCCUGAGCUGCCCCUAUCCCCAGCCUCAGCCACCAGCACCCCCACAGGGCCCCCAGACACACCCACACGUGCACACACACACACACACACACUAUGGACAGUAGAUGGGCCAACACACACUUGGCCUGAGUUCCUCCAUUUCCCUGGCCUGCCCCCCAUCCCCCACCUGUCCCACUCCUGUGCCCCCUCCUUGCCCCGCAGGACGGGCCUACAGGGGGUCUCCCCUCACCCCUGCACCCUUGGCUGGGGGAGCCGGCUCUGCCCUGACCUCCUCCACCCGGGGUUGGGACCCCUUCCCCUGGAGCCCGCGGGUGCACCUGUUACUGUUGGGCUUUCCACUGAGAUCUACUGGAUAAAGAAUAAAGUUCUAUUUAUUCUA